UUGUCUGUCAAUUAAAGCCGAGUUUAGAUGUUGUUGCUAUGCCGUGCAUGCAGUGCGCACCGACUCAUGGCGACUCAUUUUACUGAUCCACACGGUCAUGCCACAUUGAGGAAAGGAGCUCUACCACAUACCAAGACGUCUCGCACGUUAUUCUCCAGACUAUUUUCAUGAAACGGUGACUUUGUCUGCAAAUAUGAUUUCCCCGUGGGACCGACUGUACACGACGAGCUGCUGUCUCUGCUGUCAUGUUCGGACAGGCACCAUUAUUCUUGGGAUCUGGUACAUGCUCAUCAAUGCAGUGGUGAUGCUCAUCCUCCUCACGGCGCUCAGCGACCCUGAGCACUACCACCUCACCAGCGCUGAGAUCGCCAACGACCUUGACGUCAUGGAUGAUUCCCAUAUGUGCAUCGCCGCUGCAAUCUCCUUACUCAUGAUAAUGAUUGCUGGAAUGGCAACCUACGGGGCAUAUAAGCAACUUGCAGCCUGGAUCAUCCCAUUCUUCUGCUACCAAGUCUUUGAUUUUGCACUGAACACCUUAGUAGCCAUUAGCAUUAUUGUCUAUCCCAACACCAUCCAGGAUUACCUCCAACAGCUGCCUGGCAACUUCCCCUACAAAGAGGAGAUUAUGGACAUGAAUGUGUGCCUCGUCUUCAUCGUCCUCCUCUUCAUCGGCUGCAUCUUGGCCUUCAAGGCUUACCUGAUCGCCUGUGUGUGGAACUGCUACAGAUAUGUGAGUGGACAGGGUACCACGGACGUCCUGGUCUAUGUCACCACCAAUGACACAACGGUGUUGCUGCCUCCCUAUGACGACUCCAUGAUGACGACUCUCCCACCCAAACACAACCCUCCUCCUUACGUGUCAGCCUGAGCAAAGGAGCUCCUUUUCUGCAGCCUGGACUUCACUGUAGCGCACUCUCCAUUCCAUUGUAUUCCACCCACCAGAGUUUGGGUUAAAGCCACUUAGACCCCGUUCACACUGCAAGUCUUAAUGCUCAAUUCGGUAUUUUUUUUGCUCAGAUCCGAUUUUUUUGUUUGGCUGUGGCUGCACAUUACCUUUUAAAAUGUGGCCUAUAUCAGAUUCCAGUGUGAACUGUUUGCGGUUUCGAACUGGCCCGCAUGCGCAAAAGAACAAUAACAAUGACAUCAGCCAACUCCCGCGGCGCAUAAUUGUGACAAAUGUCGAUGUAGAUUGACGUAAAAGUCACAUCUAAUCCACACUGCGGCCGCAUUGAAAAAAUCAGACCAGGGUCUGAUUCAGGACCACAUAUGGAAGUGGUCUAAAUCUGAUUUGAAAAAAUCAGAUCUGGGCAAGAUUUGAGUGUUCACACUACUUCUGAAGAAGUCUGACCUGGUCAUUUGACCCCCCAAAAAGGGCCACUUUUGCCUGCAGUCUGAACGGGGUCCAAAAACAACAUCUCAGGCUGUUGCCUUCCUAGCCAUCUACACCUAGCUUUACUUCAUACAUUUUUUCAGGGUUGCCUCCAACACAAAUGGCUUGAGAUCUAUUAUAAUUAUUAUAAUUACAAUUAUUAUUAUUAUUAUUAUUAUUGCCGAUCAUGCAAUUAAUUGCCAUCUGGCAACACAGAAAAAGAAUGACUGCCUAUACUCUGUCAUCAGCCAUCUCUUUAAAGACAUCACAGCCACUUACCUCUGAACCCUCUGCAGAACCUCUAAGCCUCCCAUCUACAGAUAUCUGUUCCUUCUCCAUAUAAUAGCUAUGCUGGUGUCAUUCAUGUUUAUGUGGGUGACUGUGCUAUUUAUGCCUCAGGGUUUCAAGCCCUGAUGCUUGUGAUUUGUGUUGAAUGAGUGAAGUAUUGUAACCACAUUCAGCUGAAUAGGUUAGCUGAGCGUAGGUGCAUGUUUUAGUUGGUGUGUUUUUGUUUGUUGUUUGUUAGUUUUUUUUUAUUAAAACUUUUGUACAAGUGUGAAGGGUGACACAAUGAAAAGAGAUCCAAAGAGUCCUGUGAUCAGGAAGGAGAAGCUGAAUCAUGACCAUAUUCUUUCUGCUUUCUCUGUUUCUGAUUAGUGUUUCUGCUGUGGUGACAUUUUAUUGGCCAAUCAUGUUUGAUUUGUCGGUGUAAAUCUCAUGUAUGUUGCACUUAAGAAACAAUGCCUGGAAUCAUUGGGACACCUGAUGUUUGCAUUGUGUGAGAAUCCCAAAGAUUUGCACUUUUCCUGUUAUCUCUCAUGACUUAUGUCUCUCAUACAGUACUUCCCUAUAUCCCUGUAGCUACAUACUAUUUGAUGAUUUUCUAUAUUAAUGAAAUCGGUAUGGUUAUUUGGAACUAAUAUUUGUGUUAACAUGGUGACAUUUAGGUUAGCACACACUCUACAUACAAUACAAUUUUAUUUUGGUGCUGUUUAUUUAGAGAAAACUAUAUAUUAAGAGCACUGUCCUCCUUAUUUGCUAUCAAAUGGACUUCCAGGAAUUGGCAAAUGCAAAACUCAUUUCAAGGAUUUCCAUAUUUGAAAUUAGCAGGUUGCAACUUUCUGUUGUUACCACAGUAUUUCUGCAAAAACAAAAAGAGAUAUUAUGGAACUUAUGCAUAAAUUACGGUUGCUUUUAGCAAAUAUUUUUUUACCACAAUGUUUGAAAGUUCCUGUACCAAAUUCAACCACUUUUGGCUACGACAGUCACAACAAAGCCUCACAAGAUCCUGGUGGGACUGAUUAUAUAACAUGCCCUGUAUCAUUCGGAAGAAGUCUGGUCACCCUCUUAAGUGAGUCUGUGUGCUUCCCAUAUAGUUGUGACUUACUACCAGUAGGUAUGAUAUUAAUAUUGUAUUAAGUAUUCAUAAGUGGGAUGACUCCCCACAGGCUCUUAGUGAACACAUCCAGCUAUGGGCUUAUGAAGUCUAACCAAGUCUCUUGUCACUGCAAAUAGUCACCAGUGCAUUUGUGUACAUGUGUUCAUUCAUAGAGUAUUUUUGAUAUUAUUAAAAUUAAAAUACAGGAUAACAUCAGUCAAUCAUGUGAUGAAUCUGUGAAAAUAAUUCUGAAAUAUAUAUAUUAAAUAUAAACAAUAGCAACACAAGAAAUUAAAGUGUGAUGUGGUUUUCCAUAGUGUUACAAAGCAUUCAAACAUUCACUUUUCUACAAUUCACAAAAUAUGACAUGUAUGUUGACUAAUCUAACAAAUACCAACAUACACAACUUGGCUCCUGUAUCACACAUUUUUUCUAACCAUGGUGAAAGCCAGUUUGACUAAAUAAUUAAUUUGUAGCAAUAAAAUGCAAAAUAAAGAGAAAUGUGUCUACCAAA